AUGGGCAAGAUAAAGCAUUUGGAGACGCAGCAUAGCAAGAUUGCACAAUACAUGGCUCACCAGAAUCGAGUGGCAUAUGUGCUGGUGGAUAUUGCCCCAUGCGCACACGCAUGGGACAUUAAAGCACCCAAAGGCGCCUCAAAAGCACUUGGUAGUGGUGCAGUGCGGUGCACCAAGGUGCAAACGUCAGCAGCAGCCAUGCUUGCCAUGCUUGUGGCGUCAGCAGCAGAGGGUGAAGACAGGCUGAGGGGCAUGUCAGGGAGGCCUGUUAAAGGGCGAGGCAGGAGGACAAGCAGCAAGGAGGAGGGAGUGCAGGGCAGCAAGGAAGAGGGAGUGCAGGGCAGCAAGGAGGAGGGAGUGCAGGGCAGCAAGGAAGAGGGAGUGCAGGGCAGCAAGGAGGAGGGAGUGCAGGGCAGCAAGGAAGAGGGAGUGCAGGCCAGCAAGGAGGAGGGAGUGCAGGGCAGCAAGGAGGAGGGAGUGCAGGGCAGCAAGGAGGAGGGAGUGCAGGGCAGCAAGGAAGAGGGAGUGCAGGGCAGCAAGGAGGAGGGAGUGCAGGGCAGCAAGGAAGAGGGAGUGCAGGGCAGCAAGGAGGAGGGAGUGCAGGGCAGCAAGGAAGAGGGAGUGCAGGCCAGCAAGGAGGAGGGAGUGCAGGGCAGCAAGGAGGAGGGAGUGCAGGGCAGCAAGGAGGAGGGAGUGCAGGGCAGCAAGGAGGAGGGAGUGCAGGGCAGCAAGGAGGAGGGAGUGCAGGGCAGCAAGGAAGAGGGAGUGCAGGGCAGCAAGGAGGAGGGAGUGCAGGGCAGCAAGGAGGAGGGAGUGCAGGGCAGCAAGGAGGAGGGAGUGCAGGGCAGCAAGGAGGAGGGAGUGCAGGGCAGCAAGGAAGAGGGAGUGCAGGGCAGCAAGGAGGAGGGAGUGCAGGGCAGCAAGGAGGAGGGAGUGCAGGGCAGCAGCAUGCUAGGAGACUUUUGA